AUGGAGGACUGCAUAAGGGAUUCCUUCGCCUCCAGUAUCAUCCUUCACUCCUCACCCACAGGAGCAGGAUUCUUCUUCGUGGAGAAAAAGGACAAGACUCUCAGACUCUGCAUCGACUUCCAUGAUGUCACUUCAGGAGCCAACACAUGGACUAUUAAAGAGGAGCAGCAGGAGAGGAGCACCAGUCUGGACCAGGACCAGGAGCAGCCAGAGCCCCCACACAUUAAAGAAGAACAGGAGGAACUCUGGAGCAGUAAGGAGGGAGAGCAGCUUCAAGGGGUCACAUUCACUCCUGUCCCUGUGAAGAGUGAAGAAGAUGAAGAGAAACCUCAGUCCUCACAGCUUCAUCAAACACAAACUGAACAGAAAGAAACAGAAGCUGAUGGAGAGGACUGUGAAGGACCAGAUCCAGACAGGAACUCUCGUUUACAGCCUGAUACAGGCGAGGAGCCUGCAGACUCUUCUGAAGCUGAGACUGAUGACAGUGCUGAUUGGAAGGAGACCAGAGAACCUCAGUCAGGUUUAAACUCUCUGAGUAACGAUGAAGUUCCCUUCAGUGAUUCAACAAGUGGUAAAAAAGAGAAACCAUUCAGCUGCUCUGAGUGUUGGAAAAGAUUUAACCGUAAGGAACAUCUGAAGAGACACAUGAGAGUCCACACAGGAGAGAAACCGUUUAGUUGUUCAGUUUGCAAGAAAUCGUUUCGACAGAGUGGAUAUUUACAGUUGCACAUAAAAAUCCACACAGGAGAGAAACCAUUUAGUUGUUCAGUCUGUAUGAAAUCUUUUACGCAGAGUGGAAGUUUACAAUCACACUUGAAAAUCCAUACAGGAGAAAAACCUUUCACAUGUUCGGUGUGUGGAAAAGCUUUCAUUGGAAGUGGAAACCUGAAGAAACACAUGAGAAUCCAUACAGGAGAGAAACCAUUCAGCUGUUCAGUUUGUGGUAAAAGUUUCAUUGGCAGAGGAAAUCUGAACAGACACAUGAUUAAUCACACUGGAGAAAAAACCUUCCAUUGCUCAUUGUGUGGUAAAAGAUUUAUACGAAAGGUGCAACUUACACAACACAUGACACAUCACACAGGAGAAAAACCUUUCAGCUGCUCGGUCUGUAACAAAGCUUUUGCGUGUAGACAACAUUUACAGAGACACAUGAUAAUCCACAUGGGAGAAAAACCUUUCAGCUGCUCCGUUUGUGGGAAAAGAUUUUUGAAGAAGGAAGAUUUGAAGAGACACGUGAUAACACACACUGGAGAAAAACCUUUCAGUUGUUCAGUUUGUAGUAAAAGUUUCACACAAGCUGGAAAUCUGACACAACACAUGAGAAUCCACACAGGAGACAAACGAUUCAGCUGCAGCAUCUGUGAGCAAAGAUUCACUUGGUCUAAACAGCUUAAAAUCCAUAAAUGUGUUAGUAGUCAGUCCUCACAGCUUCAUAAGAGUCAAGCUGCGGAAAACAGAGAGGCAGGGCCUCCAGCCAGCAGCUUAACUCAACAGAUGGUAACAGAAGCUGAUGGAGAGGACUGUGGAGGACCAGAACCAGACAGGAGCUCUGAUCCAGAGCCUCACUGCUCGAUUUGUAAUAAAAACUUUGUCCGCAUGACGCAUUUGAAGAGACACAUGAGAUGCCACACAGGAGAGAAACCGUUCAGCUGCUCAGUCUGUGGUAAAAGAUUCCCUCGGAAAGAAACCUUAGUUCGUCACAUGAGAUUUCAUUCAGGAGAGAAACCUUUCAGCUGUCUGUUUUGUAACAAACUUUUCACACGGAGUGACCAUGCUGUGACACACAUGAGAAUCCACACAGGAGAAAACCUUUCCAGCAACAAUACAUUUCACAUAACAAAAGUAUUGCACAUAUCCCGUAGUAAAACACCAUGAAACUAUUGCACAAUCUCAACAGCCUCAAGCAGCAUUGAUUAAAAGUUUGAUGGAAGUAGGAACAAAGUGUUUUUUAAAAAAAACAGUUGAGUCCAUAGUGAAGGACUCUGUCAUCUGUCAGAGGGCAGAGGGUCAUCUUCUGUGUGGAAGAUGUGUGAUGGUCAGUCGCUACCCGACAGCGAUGGUCUAAGAACACACUGGAGAGGCUGAUAUUUAUUUCUCCUCAUCACCUUAAUGGCGGUGUGAUGGAUCCUGCUGCUCCGGCACUUCCUCAACAGUUCUGCUCUGUCCGCCUGUGUGAGAGAAAAAACCUUGACAGUUGAACUUUCACGUCCUCUGGGAGACCAGCAGGUGGGAUCGUUCCUGUGGAGCCAAGGGACAGCAGUCUGUGUGAGGAAUUGUUCGGCAGGUUUGCAAAUACUUCUCAAACAAUCGGUGCCAGAAGUAGUUCUAGUUCAAAAGUCGUCAUGAUGUUCAACCUAACAUAACCAUAUAUAAUAAUUACAACACAGAUAUACAGACGCACACACACAUAUAUUUAUAUAUAUAUAUAUA